UGUUCCGCUUUGUUGACUGAUGUCCGCAACAUAUCGUCCCACUUUAAAAGGAGCUGUAAAGCUUCUGAUCGGUUGCGAGACAUACAAAAAAACAUGAAAAUGCCCCAACAUCGAAUGAAGCGGGACUGUGAAACACGUUGGUCGUCCACUUAUGAUAUGCUUGAACGGUUUAUGGAACAAUUUACAGCGGUUCAAAUGGUGUGUAGUGAAGAUGACGAGUUCUGUUGCCCUACUCGAAGUGAAUUACAAGAUUUACGUAAGCUAAGGGACAUUGUGAAACCAUUUAAAGAGGUCACAACUAUAAUGUCAUCAGAGAAAAACGUCACUGCUUCGUCGAUCAUCUACCUGUCCGUUCAGCUUCUAAAGGUGGCAAAUGAAAGCGAGAUAGCUGAAUCACACCCCGAGGCAUUUGCCUUUGCUGAAACAUUGAAGAGAUCGAUGAUUCAUCGUGGUUUUGCGUCUCGUGCAACGAACCCAACGUUGCGAAUGUGCACUAUUUUAGAUCCUAGGUAUAAAACACAUACCUUUCCGAAUGCUGAAACUGUGGAAGAUGCAAGAAGAGCGCUCUAUGACGUAGCAGCAGCAGUAGGCCAAGAACAAGAAACUGAAGUGUCAUAUGACAUAAAAGGCUCGAUAUUCGAUGAUCUGGAUCGAUCAAUUGCUGUAAAGCAAGCGGCAACAAAUAGUACCGUCGGCUCUAGAAUGGAAGUUGAUGGAUAUCUUGCUGAACUGCCGAUAGGGCGGUUGGAGGACCCUCUUAAAUGGUGGUAUCAGCAUGAAGAGAAAUACCCAAGGCUUUAUAAAUUAGUUCCUAGAUAUUUGGGCAUUAUUAUGAAUUCCGUGUCUUGUGAAAGAAUUUGUUCGAAGAUGGGACUUAUAGUUAAUGAUCGUCGAACUUCCUUAAGCGCCCAAAAAGCUGGCAUGGUGUGUGGUAUCGCGCAAAAUCUGUCUUUAUUUCCUCAAAAUACUACUGUGAAAUUCUAAAAAGUUUUUGUUACAUUGUGAAUGCCAAUCACUAAAUUGUUAAACUAUUUCAAUUUCGUGGUUUUGAGAAGUUGUUAUUUACUGACUAUAACUUCAGAGACUUAAUGUAUUAAUGAGCUAUUAUUAUUUAAUUAAAGAAAAACGUAUUUUGAGUUUACAUAAACGCCACUGUUCUUUUGGUUUGUCCCAAACAACAAACAAUUUUCGUUGCGGAAUAUUUAACGUGUCUGUACUCUAUAACGUGGCAAUGAUGUGCAGUACUCGAGUACGGUACCCCUCACCCGUUGGAGUACCCGAGUAGUAGCACCGGCGGGUACCACCGCCAGCACUAAAUUCAACAUGC